AUGCUUGAUGAAUGGCGUGGGACAGCCGCCUACUUGUCCUCCAACAUCAAGCCCGGCGCUCUUCAGCUCUUAUUGGUCUGCGAUUUUGGCCAGAAAGAAGUCGAGGCAGCAGAACAGGCUGUUGCACCACUUCCUUCUCCUCCCAGAGCUCAAAGGACUGCCAUGUUCGACUUCUGCAGUAGCCCCGAAUACCCAGGCUGCGCCAACUCGCCCGGAGUGCAGCACUACAAGCCAGCCUCUCCGUGGAAGGAGGUUCAUGUGGAACAGGCUGGAACUAGUGGCUAUCAAUAUCUCUGUUCAGGAUGCUCCGCAUGGGAAGGCUUGUCUUGUCCCCCUUCUCAUCACCAUGGAUGCCAGUAUGGGGGUUGCCACCGUCAAGCAAAUAUCCAAAACGGUCUUGUGCGGUACCAUCACCCAUCCAUCGGGUGUUUCUGCCGCGUCCGGCAUGCUGCCUUUUCAUCCACCUGCAAAUGCUGGGCUCCGCCUACGCCUCUGUUUCUGAUCUGUCGCCAUCUUUGUGAGGAUGCAAGAUACGUUUUCUUUUCCGCGAAUCGAUUCGUCGUCAGUGAUUCUCUGGCAUCCGGCAACCCCUGGAUAGCUUUCGACGUUUUGCGCACCCUCAAUUUUGAAUCGCCAGAGCAGCAGGGCAACUACUGGGAGACAGAGGAGUACCGACAGGCGCAACCCCCGCGAGCGUACCCAGCCCACCGUUUUGCAGCGAGUCAGUUCUUGAGGGAGGUGGUCCCCGCCGACUGUUUGGGCUAUCUGCGCUUCCUCGAACUGGUCUUUCCUCCCUACAAUCACGAGUGCUGGCCACAUGAUGGCCACCCCGCUCUGCAGGACUGGAUUGAUACCCUCGAUUGGGUUGAGGACAAGAUCAACACUCCCGCCAUCACACUGCGCCUCACCAUGGCCGGUUUGAGGGGGUGGUCUCCUGCAUAUCCUGACGGCCGUGAAGAACUAACCCAGGCCCAAGGAGACGCAGUGCUGGCCGGAUACGACCGCAUCCUGAGGCCCCUAGCUCGUCUCGGCAAGCACGGCCUCACUCGGUUCUACGCGGAUUUUGCAUGGCCUUGGAAAUGGACCAACUGGGUGGGAGAGAGGCUUUUGCGUGACUACGCAGCCAACCGGUCCUGGUUAAGGGAACAGGAAAAGUCGUUGAACGAGCGCGCCGAGCGCCUCAUAUUGGGGGACCAGCAUGACCGGCUCCGUUCUCACGAGGGCGAACCAGAAGAGAGUCCUUGGAAGAUACACUGCGAGCCACUCUAUUAG